AUGACUGAGAAGACCACGGUGCGGCCGCUUCGGAGCUCGGUGAUUCCGAAGACGGCCUCAGUGCUGCUGGAUUUCUUCAUCAAGCGCGAGAGCAAGGUGUCGCUGAUGCGCGAUCCGCUGUCGCACUUCUGCCAGGAAGAGGUGGUGCUCCACGCACAAGAAUUCCUCGUCAAGCUCAGCAAGCAGGUCAUCACGUACCAGGACGUCCGCGAUAUGGUUGACAAUUUGAUGAAUCCACCUAAACCUCUUCCGUUCGCCGUGUAUAUUCCACGGGUGCGUGACUUUCAGAACAUGAAGAUGCUCGGGGCUGGCGGCUUUGGGGCGGUGUACCUGGCCAACUACCGCCCGGCCAACUUCGUGGCGACGGUGAAGCUGGUGAACAUGGACCGGUUCAGUCGGCACAAGCAGGCCGCUAUGGACAAAGUCGUCGCAUCCGUCAUCAGGAACCCGUUUCUCGUCAAGUACUACUGCUGCUUCUGCGUGAAGGAGGCGUACGUGACCAUCAUGGAGUACAUCGCUGGCCUAGACCUGAUGCGUGUGGUGACCAAGGAGGAGUACUUGGAUGUGGAUGCGGUGCGUGUCAUCAUGGCGCAACUGAUCCUCGCGUUGGAGCACAUGCACUUGCGCGGAUUUCUCCACCGGGAUAUCAAGGUGUCCAACAUGCUCAUUUUGCCAGGCGGGCGAGUGAAAGUCAUCGACUUCGACACAGCUAAGGUCUGCAAUGGUCACUUCGCCAAGUGCUUCCUGAGGGGCUACUUUCGAAGAACUGCUUUCGAAUUCUACGAUCUCGAGUCUGCCGGCACCAUACCGUACAUGGCUCCGGAAAUUCUCAAAAGGAGACCUUAUGGCCGCGCUGCAGACUGGUGGUCGGCGGGCAUCGUCAUGUACAAGCUCACUACGGGCCGGGUGCCAUUCCGAGGAAAGUCGAAGCAGUUGCUCCGUGAACGCAUCAUUGCGUCGCCGCUAAAGUGGCCACGGCCUGAGGACCAUCCGAACUCGGCGACCACGCCGUCCAAGGACCUGACGUACCGGAUGCUCAAGAAGAACCCCAUGGAACGCCUCGGCUCGCGCAACUACAUUGACUUGAAGACGCACAUAUUUUUCGACCAGUUCAACUGGCAGAGACUGUACAGCAAGACUGAAUUGUGCAACAUACCGAGCAUCACCGAAAUUAUGAACAGCGACGCCGAGAAAGACCGCAAGACGGGGGACCCCGAGGACAAGCGAAAGCACCAGCAGAUCGAGGAGAUGACCGACGUCAGCGCCGAAAGCCAAAAGCCGUUGCUUUGCUACGCUUCGUCAAGUUUCAAGAAACUCAUGCUCAAGGUAAAGUCAAGCAGGACGCCUAUCAAGGUAUCCGAAGCUUUCAUGGAGUCUAGCGGGGAGAACUCCGCUGCCAUAGACUAUCGUGCGGGCUCUUCGACGUCCACGAGUCGACCCGCAAAGCAGUAAGUGCCCACACGAAACACCCCAAACGUAGCGAGGAACAGUGGGUGGCGACACUGCACAGAUCCAGGCCCGAUAUCCAGGAGGUGAUCCUUGGGUGGGCUGAGAGGGUUGCGGAGGACUAUCGUGUGUGGCACCCUCCCUCCCUCAAUACCUGUAGCCGUUUCCUUCAAAAGCGAAAAUAAAGUUUUC